AUGGCCUCUCUCUUGAAGAAAGCUGCUGCGAAGGCCCCCCCUGCCAAAGCUCCUGCUGCCAAAGCUCCUGCUCCUGCUGCCAGGGCUCCUGCUGCCAGAGCCCCUCCAGCUGCUAGCACAGCAAACGGUACGCAAUCCAGAAAGUUUCCAAGGAUAAUGCUCUUGUUGCUAACUUGGCUUCUUCCUCACCAUAUAGUGCAGGCAGUGACCGCCGCAAUGGCCAAAACCAACAUUGGCAGCUCUCAGGGUGAUCCCUGGGCAGCCCUCAAGGCGAAGAAUCCUGCCAUGUACGCCAAGAUUAUUGGGGCACAAGCGGCGAACGAUGCUGCCAUCAAAGCCGGCAAAAUCAAGCCGUUCAAGGUCGUUAUUGCCAAAGUCAGGGCUGCGGCCCCGGUCGUCGGAAAAAAGUAG